AUGAGGAGCCAUGUGAUCGACUUCCACGCUGACCUCUUUGGGGCAGAACAAUGCAGCAUGGGGUGCUGUGGGGAGCUCCUGGCAGGGCUUCCUCAGCUCAGCCUGGAAGAGAAAGCUUCUCUGCACUGUGAGCUGACUGAGAAGUUGACAGUUGCUGUGAACCAGAUGGCAUCAGGACGAGCAUCAGGGAUUGAUGAUUUCUCCACUGACUUUUAUAAGCAGUUCUUUAACACCCUUGGACCUGAUUUACAUGAUUUCUCCACAGUCUCCGGGGGGGUGGCGGAGGGGGGCAGGAGCAUCGGCGGUACACUGCCGGGCGCUCCGCUGCAGGAGGCUGAACGUCAAUCACACAGAGCAGGAGGAAAGAGGUGGGAGUUCAAGUCCUCCACACUCUCCCUCUCUGUCUCUCUGUCAGAGGUGUGGAUGGAUGUUGAAUAUUUCAGCUCGCAGCAGCAGCAGCAGCAGCAGUCUGUCUCAAUGGAGGCAGGAUUGAUCUGUGGAGACUGUAACAUGAUGUUUCACUCCUCUGGGCUGCUUGAGAAACACAAAGCACUGCUCUGCACUGGGAGCGAUGCAAGACACCUUCGGGCGCAAAGACGCAGCUCCGAGUCCCUCGCAGGAGACAAACCUGGAUGUGCUGACCCUAAACGCACAAGAACACCUGACUUCGUAGAGGUGAGCGGACGUCAGCUGGGUCACAGUGAGAGACUGAAGGAGAUGAGGGAAAUGGCGACGCUCCACGAGCGCCAGCUGGCCCUGAUACAUGCUCACAACCAGCAGCUGGAGCAGCAGAGAGAGGAGCUAGCCCAACAGGUAAGUGUCCUGUCUGAGCAGAGCAACAAGACUCACCUGGAGAGUCUGCUGAUGGAGCUCAGAGAGCAGGAGGAGAGAAACGAGGAGACGUUGCAACAACUUGCUGAACAUCUCCAUGUAUUACAUGCGCGAGAGGUCUCUGUACCUGCUGAUCAGCCCGAUCCACGGAAGAAUAAAAAGAUGCAUCAUGACAGCUACGAGCUCAUUUCUUGUGCAGAUGGCCCUCUCUCUACUCAGAUAAAGGCCCUGCGGCGGGCAUACAUGCAGUCAGGUGGGUCAGAUCCAGCUAUUGUGGCACGAAUGGUUGACCUGCAGGCAGAAGCCCGAAGCCUGGAGGAGAACCAACCAGCGGCAGCCGGCAAGAGUACAACUCAGAAGGUGCCUCCUCAGCGGGAUCUGAGCAGGGAGCUGCUGGCUGUGGAGCAGGAGAACCAGAGACUGGAGGAGGAGAUCCUCAGCCUCCAGCUGGCCAGGGGGCGACACCAGAACUAUGAAGGAGCAGUGAACGCUGAGCUUGAGCUGAUUCAGAGGGAGAACCUCCUGCAGAUUUCCAGUUUACUGCCAGAGAUGGAGAGAAGCAAAGAAGCUCCCAGGCCCAGGAGACAGCCUCCUCCACCUUCUCCUCCUCCUCAUCUACUCCCACUCCAAGCCAAGACUCACAUUCAUGCACCUCUUUCACUGCUCCAGGCCAGAUCCUUCUCCUCUCCGCUGGGAAGAUGUGUGUUGGACUUGUUGGACUCUCUGGGUCCAGCCCCCUAUGAUCCUGUAGCUGGUUUUGUGAUUUUCUACGACCUGGUGCUGGGAGUCGAUGCUUCUCAGGGGGCGCUGCGCCUGGUGGCUGCUCUCUACUCAGAAGGUCAGGAGGUGGGACUGCCGACUCUGCUUCCCCCUGUGCGGUGCCUGCCCGGAGUGUCCCUGCCUUACGCCCACAGCCUCACCCCUAGAAACUAUGCUCUCCUGUCAGUCAAACAGCCUGUACCCAGGGUCCAGCCGUCACCCUCCCUCUGCCUAGUGGUGGAGGUGCAGGCAGCAACAGAUCUGGAUGUUCACGGCCAUGAGGUCUUCAAACUUGUGUCCUGUGGCUGGACACGAAUGGAACUCUUUGACCAAUACAAUCAGCUCCUUAGUGGCCACUUGAGGGUGCCAGUGCGCAGUCUGCCAAUUAGACCCACCCUAAGCCUUGUCCAGCUGAACUCAGUUCCCCAGGUGGGCAGCAUGGAGCUGUGUGUGCGUUUGGUCAACGGACGAGAUGGAGACAUACAGACUCUGGCAAAGCCUGACCCGACCAGCACCAGCCACUAUAAAUAUCCAGCUGUGGUGUCCUCACAUCCUGCGACCGUCCACGGAAACGCAGCUCUGCCGGUUUCAGCUCCAAAGCAGCAACUCUCGUCCAUUUUGCCCUUCACUGCUCACCAAGACCCUCCGCCCACAGAGGAAGCCAGUCAGAGUGGAAGCAGCUCUACAAUUAAGACAUAA